UUGUUUACUUUCCGACCCCGCGACAUACCAUCUGGCGACGAGUCCGUUCUACCUACAUACGUAGUGCAUUAUUAAAAUUAAUUUUCGUUAACAUAAUUACGCAUAAUGGCUAACUUUGUCGGAAACAUAGGAGUUUUUGAUCAUAAAGUGCAAGAAUGGGACGUUUUUUUCGGAAGGUUAUCGCAGUUCAUAAAACUGAAUAAGAUUUCGGACGAUAAUAAGAGUGCAGUGUUACUAACUCAUUUAUCGGAUGAGUCAUACCGGCUUGUUCGGAAUCUUGUACAUCCAACCAAACUGGAAGAAAAAUCUUUUAACGAGCUAGUUGAAGUACUCAGUGGGCAUUUCACGCCGAAACGAUCGACCUUCGCGGAUCGGGCCAAGUUUUUUGAGGCAACUAAGUCUGGCUCAGAAAGCAGUCAGGACUGGGCAGCACGGCUGCGGGGCUUAGCCGUCAACUGCGAGUUUGGUACGGAAUUGGACGUCCUGCUACGGGAUCGUUUUGUACUAGGCUUCAAUAUCGGUCCAGAACGUGAUCGUCUGUUCGAGAGUGAUUCGGAGAAGCUGACGCUGUCUAAAGCAUUGGAGGUAGCGCAGCAGGCGGCGUGCGCGAGGCAAGCGCGCACGGUGGUGGUCAAGGACGAGCCGGUAUACCGCUCGGAUGCUCGCGCGGAGCGUCGCGGCGCCGGUGGUGGCGCGAGUGGUCGCAAGAAUGACGGCGCCGGGCCGCGGUGUUCAGUAUGCGGGAUGAAAAACCACGACGCGGCUAAGUGCAGAUUUCGAAACUACAAGUGCCAAAACUGCGGUCAAAAGGGACAUCUAAAAAAAGUUUGUGGUAAUGAAUCGUCGAAAAUCCAUAGUAUCGGUGCUGAGUUAUUAGAAGCUAACGAAUGUGAGAACUGUAAAGAGUGUCAAAUGUUUCAAAUGAGAUACUGAUGUAAAACCGGUUACGUUCGAGCAGAUAAGGCAAGCAACAGCCGUGGAUAAAGUGUUAAAAACGGUAAUUCAAUAUAUGAAUCACGGGUGGCCUAGGAAAAUUACGUGUAGGUCUAUUUUACCAUAUUUCCAAUGUAAGACUGAUUUAGAGGUAAUAGACGAAUGCUUAUUCCGAGGUCAUAGAAUAGUAAUUCCUAGUGUGUUUCGACAGUCAAUGUUGAAUGCACUACAUUCGUCACAUUUUGGCAUUGUAAAAACAAAGAGCGCAGCUCGUGGUAGGGUAUGGUGGCCUGGAAUCGAUGGCGACAUCGAGCGCUGGGUCGGCGCAUGCAGCGCGUGCGCCGCCGUGCAGCCCGCGCCCGCG